GCCAAUCAAUCGGAUUCGGAACAUAUUACAGUCUGUCUGCUGGGGAGCUGAUUUUGGCAAUCAGGAAAAAUUGAGACGAUUCGAUCCUUGGCCAAAUUGAGACUUUUUACUGAUUUAUUAUUAUUCGUAGUGACAUUUUGUUCUUGAAUUUGCAUAUAAGUGCUAAAAUAUAAAACAUUCUGUGAAAGCACGAAACAAGGUGCGAUACAUAUUUAUUGAGAAAUACGUUAGGAAAUAUUAAGAAGAAUUGUGUCCCUGUGGACAGGAAGACCUGCAAAAUGAGGUGUCGUACUUGGAGCUGCUUUGAGUUCCUCCUGGUCGCCGGGGUCAUAGGACUCGUCAUUGCAGAUGCAAUUCCUCCCAAUUCUAAUCCGGAGGAUAAAGUGAUACCCAAACAUAGGCGAGUGCGUGGGUCGAGAAAGUUCAAACGAGAAACGCAAGACUGCAAGGAACCCGGAUUUUUCUCAAGUUCUAUAGACUGUCGCCAUUUCUAUCGCUGCGUAGAAGUGGAACAGGACAAUGCGUUGGAUGGAACGAUGACGUCGUACUCGUCGUCACCUCCCAUUUAUAAGAAAUAUUAUUAUGAAUGCGCUCCCGGAACGAUUUUUGACCCCACAUUGUCGCAAUGUAACUAUCCAGAAAAUGUGAACCCUAAACCGUCCUGUUACAAGGAACCAGCCCCAGCAGCUGCUCCCCCUGCAGUUUCAGACGAUCCGUCGAAACCUUGCGACAAGGACAAGGAACAGACUGGCGCACAGACUGGACAGCAACCUGGAGGAGGAAGUCACCAACCUGGAAGCGGAGGUCACCAUCCACCACCACCAUCCACUGAUGGAGAAAACAAAUGCACGUCUGAGGGAUUUUUUGGGGAUGAGGAAAACUGUAAAGCGUUCUAUCGAUGUGUAGCCAAGGAAGAUGGGACUUUCAGUAUUUACUACUUUGAUUGUGCUCCAGGAACUGUGUUCGAUCAAGCAAUCGGAAAUUGUAACCAUCCAUGGGCAUUGGACCCUUCUUCAAAAUGCUAUGAACCUUCGAGCAAUAAUGAAAUUGGGGGUGGUGAUGGUAGUGAUGGAGGAAAUCAUCAUCAGACUCCAGCACCGGCGACGCAAAGGCCUCCAGCAACUCAAAGGCCCCCAGCGACCCAACGACCUCCAGCGACUCAAAGGCCCCCAGCGACCCAAAGGCCUCCAGCGACCCAACGACCUCCAGCGACACAACCCCCAGCGACCCAACGACCUCCAGCGACUCAAAGGCCCCCAGCGACACAACCUCCAGCGACCCAACGACCUCCAGCGACUCAAAGACCCCCAGCGACCCAAAGGCCUCCAGUGACUCAACGACCUUCAGUCACACAACGACCUCCAGCGACACAAACGCCCGCACCAGAUAACCAUAAUGAAGGGACGGAUCAUAAUCAUGAAGAUGGAAAACCCUGCGACCACGAUAAGCCUAAGCCAACUCCAAAACCAACACCUAAACCCACGACGCCAAAACCAACUACGACACAACCUCCAAAACCAGCAACAGGACCAGAUUGCAACCACACUCAACCAAUCUCAGAAGGAGGGCCUGAUGGGAGCGGAGCAUCUUCGGGCGAAUGCACUUCUGAAGGGUUUCAUCCUCACCCCACCGAUUGUACAAAGUUCUUCAGAUGCGUCGACUUUGGAAAGGAAAGUCUCACCAAGUUUGACUUUGACUGCGGACCUGGCACCGUUUAUGACCCAGACUUGACCACUUGCAAUCAUCCGUGGGCCGUAAACCCCAACUCGCCGUGCUACCAAGGGAACAAUAAUGGUGGAGGGAGCAAUAAUGGUGGUGGUGGCGGUAGCGGAGGAGCUGGAGGAAGUGAAACAGAUAAUGGAACAGACCAUGAAGUGCCCUCUGACAAUACUCCGGGGGGAAGUGGAGGUCAGAACCAACAAGGCGGUGGAGGAGGCGGCAGCGGAGAUGGUAACAAUAAGCCAUCGCAACCUUCAACUUCCCGACCUCAACCGUCGACCAGGCCUCCAACAUCGAAACCGGACCAGCAAAAACCUCCCGCAGGCUCAACGACGCAACGACCCCCUUCAUCCUCACAGACCUGCACGCAAGAAGGCUUCUACCCAGUUCCAAAUGACUGCACUCGUUUCUACAGAUGUGUCAAUUUUGAUGGGUCCUUUACCAAGUUUGAUUUCGAAUGUGGCCCCGGAACCAUGUAUCAUCCAGACUUAGUGACUUGCGUCCAUCCAUGGCAAAUGCCUGCUGGCAGCCCAUGCCGACCUGAUCAGGGUACCUCGGAAGGAGGCAGUGGAAGUGGAGGCACCGGUGGUGGUGAUGGUGGAAACAACAAUGGUGGUGGUUCAGGAUCCGGUGGCCAACAAACUACGCCAGACUCGACCAAACCAUGCGAUAAAGAUAACAGCACCUCUCCAGUUGCCACUCCCACGGACGCCCCACGACCCACACCAGCACCGACGACGACUGCCCCUCCCACGACGACACAACCGCCCACGACUACUCAGGCAGUUACAGAAUCAACCACGCCGGGAGACGAAUCCGAGUCUGACGACUGCAAAAACCCAGUAAUUGGCUGCUCUUCCGCUGGCUUUUUUGGUCAUCCGACCGACUGUAAAAAGUUUUACCGUUGCGUCGAUUUCCAUCAAACAGGAGAACGAUACACAAUCUUCCACUUUGACUGUGGGGAAGGAACUAUUUUCGAUGAAUCAUUGAGCGUGUGCAACCAUCCAUGGGCCGUCCAACCACCGCCUCCAUGCUCGAAAUGUUCCGGUUCUAAGAACACCACGAAACCAGAUUGUACUCAGACCGCGACCCCACCAGCACAUUUGGAAUCCGAAUCGCCGACCCAAUCGACCACCGAAAUUCCUACCACGCAAGGAUCCACUCAACAAACUACCGAAGUGACCACCCAACAAUCCACCACGCCCCAAUCAGAGUUCGAAACCGAGCCAACCACACCGGCAACCACAGCGACGACGAUGACCACUGCGGAAGCAAUUAUACAAACGACGACCAUGUGUCCAACCUACGUUUCUGAGACCACGGGGACAACAAUUACUACAACUCCGAUCACAAUGACGACACCAAUGGAAACCACAACGUAUAAGCCCACUACGGUCCCUACUACAACAACCAUGCCCACAACUACAACAAUGGCAACGACGACAACAAUGGCGACCACCACGACAAUGGAGACGACUACAACAACACCCACAACGACGACGACGGUACCCACAACGACAACGACGGAACCAACGACGACGACGACAAUGGCAACCACCACCACGACAGAGGCCACGACAACCACCAUGAUGCCCACGACGACCACCACCACGACGACUGAAGCACCCACCACGACCACCGAGCCCCCAGAAAUUCCCGACUUUUUAAUUAAUUGCCGCGGAGGCAGCACUUCCCAACCACUUCGACCUCAUCCACUCGAUUGUACAAAAUUCUACACGUGCAACUGGAUCGAGGGCGCGUUCGUCGUUAAGGUUGAGAAAUGUAAAGAUGACAAAGUCUUUGUUCAAGAUAAGCAAGAAUGCAUAGAAGCGAGCAAAGCACCCGAAUGCAAAAAUGAGACAAUUGCCACAACGGAAGAAUCCGAACUUCGGAGAUGUGAACAAGUAAUUGAGAAUCACAGGAGGAACAAACCCUUCGUGAUGGAUCCCAAACCACAAUUUGGUACACAAACACCAAGAUAUCCUCCACCUAAUAAUGGCACCAAGUUCAUCAACUCUGACAAUUCGUGCCCCGGGGAAGGAAUUUACGGCGUGCCUGGUGACUGUGUCAGGUUCUACAAAUGUGUCAAAAACAGGGGCGGUGUUAUCAUAAAUUUACUCAUGAAAUGCCCAACAUUUUAUAAAUUCUACAAUGGGAAAUGUAUGAAAGAAUCGACCAUGCAAAAAAUAGGUGUCUCUUGUGUGAGUGAAGAAAGAAGUCGUAGUUUAGAAGAGGAAUUCAGCCUCACGACGGACGACGGCUUACCUGUAAUUCACUUCAACCCCGAACUUAUAGAAGGAUCUGAGUCACUCAUAUAAUUAAAUUAGUAAUUGGAAUUGGACUUAAGUGGAUUUAAAUUGAUGACGAUGACGAUAAAAUGCAUGAAAGUUUGUAUUCUUUUACAUGAUUUUCAUUCACAUAGAGCUUUUUACACUUGAGAUUUUGAUCAAUACUCUUUUUUGUUUUGAUGUCCCAUAAAAAAGUCAUAAAUUUCAAAUACAUUCAGAAACCAAAAUAAGGGGAAGAGUCAUUCUUAACGUGCCAAUAAUUAUAUGUCAAUGUUUCUAAUUGUUUUUUAACUGAUUUCUAUGUUGGGGAAAGUUUUUAAGUGAUGAUAAAUAAGUAAGUACUUUCCUAUUUCUCGGUGGUGAGAGUAGUAGUAAUUAAGUAAAUAAAUAAUAAUGGUGCCUGUUUUCUAUUCUAUGUACUAAUACGUAUGGGAAUAAUUAAUUAAUUAUGCAUGAAAUAUCUCUCAUGCAAUGUGAAUACUUUUUUAAGGGGGAAUAAAUGCUACUUGAAACAUUUUAAGCCUAGUUUUUAGCAAUAGCGUACUGUUUUAUACAAAUAGGUAGCCCAAAUUCAGCAAUAAAAUGAAUUUCUAUUCAGUUGACGUUAUUAUUUA